AUGAAUGUUUCAAAAUGUUUGUUAAGCAGUUCGAAAAUACUGAAGAGAAAUGUAGAGUUUAAGGAAAUAUUUACUCCAAGAUGGUUUCUAGAUGCCCCGAAUUACAGUCGUAUGCCUUUAUGGAGAAGAUUUUUUGAAGGUCAGUACACAAAUGGGUCCUUCUUAUUUUUUGGAAACGCAUGGACAUCAAUGUUUGCUUUUGCAUUUGUUUUGUGGUUUUCAAGAAUUUUCGAUCCACCCCCAUUAGAGAGAGUUGACAAGUAUUGGUUAAAUUCCCCAAAAUUUCGUAUCUUAUCAGCAUUUUAUAAUGAGGGUAAAAGACCAGGUGUGAAAAUUUCUUUUAUGACAUAUGAAGCUAGAUAUUUUUAUAGAGGUAUUGAUCAUCCUUUUACCAUUAAUGAAAUUAAAGAUUUGUGGUUUAAAUUAAGAGAAAAUUAUUUAAUCGAGAGUAUACCAGCUAUUCAAUAUCCUUAUGUUUUUAGGCAGUACAAUAAUGUUUCCACCCCUGCGGAUUUGCAUGUGCAUCUUCAUUAA